AUGGCGGAUCAACUUGCAAAUCAGCUCGAGGCUGCCUCGCUCAAUGAAUCAAACCAGGCAGACGGCAAUUGGAGGUCAGGACUAAAGGUGCCUGCCAAGGACGGCAGAGUCCAAACAGAAGAUGUCACCGCGACCAAGGGUCUCGAAUUUGAAGACUUUUACCUCAAGCGCGAACUGCUUAUGGGCAUUUUCGAAUCCGGUUUCGAAAAGCCCUCACCCAUCCAAGAAGAAGCUAUCCCCGUCGCUCUUACCGGCAGAGAUGUACUUGCCCGCGCAAAGAACGGUACCGGAAAGACCGCCGCUUUCAUCAUCCCCACUCUCGAACGUGUCAACCCCAAGAACAGCAAGAUCCAGGCCUUGAUCCUGGUACCUACGCGAGAACUGGCUCUCCAGACAUCGCAGGUGUGCAAGACGCUUGGAAAACAUCUUGGUGUCAAUGUCAUGGUCACUACUGGAGGUACUGGCUUGAAGGAUGACAUUAUCCGCUUGAACGAGGCUGUACACGUUCUUAUUGGUACCCCUGGCAGAAUAUUGGAUCUUGCCAGCCGUGGUGUUGCCGACCUGUCGACUGCCCAAACUUUUGUCAUGGACGAAGCCGACAAGCUCCUGUCUCCCGAGUUCACCUCGACUAUCGAUCAGUUGCUCUCGUUCCACCCUCCGGACCGCCAGGUCAUGCUCUUCUCGGCCACUUUCCCCGUCAUUGUCAAGGAAUUCAAGGACAAGCACAUGAAGGACCCCCACGAGAUCAACCUCAUGGAUGAGUUGACGCUACGUGGUAUCACUCAGUACUACGCCUUUGUCGAGGAGAAGCAAAAGGUGCACUGCCUCAACACUCUCUUCUCGCGUCUGCAGAUCAACCAGUCCAUCAUUUUCUGUAACUCCACCACUCGUGUUGAGCUUUUGGCCAAGAAGGUCACCGAGCUCGGCUACUCAUGCUUCUACUCGCAUGCACGUAUGCUCCAACACAACCGUAACCGUGUCUUCCACGACUUCCGCGCUGGCCACUGCCGCAACCUUGUUUGCUCCGAUCUUCUCACCCGUGGUAUCGAUAUUCAGGCUGUGAACGUCGUCAUCAACUUCGAUUUCCCCAAGAAUGCCGAGACCUACCUCCACCGCAUCGGUCGUUCUGGUCGUUUCGGUCACUUGGGUCUUGCUAUCAACUUGAUCAACUGGGAGGACCGCUUCAACCUCUACAGAAUUGAGCAGGAAUUGGGCACUGAGAUCAAGCCCAUCCCUCAGCACAUCGACAAGGGCCUGUACGUCUACGACACUCCCGAAAACAUUCCUCGCCCUAUCAACAGCGCCCCUCAAUUGCAGCAACAGCCUCAGGAGCGUCGCCAGCACCACCAGCAGGGCUACCGUGGCGGCCGUGGUGGCAACUACGAAGGUCAGCAAGGUCAUCAGGGCCAGAGAAGAGGACCUCCUCGCAACCAGUACCCCUCCCAAGGCGGUCAGGGCGGUGGCUUCCAGCAACAGCAAGCUCAGUACAACCAGCAGGCCUUUGGCGCACCGUCGCAGCAACAGCAAGCUCCUUCUUACCCUCAGGGCGGCUUCUCUCAGCCCAACGCUUUCCCCACUCCUCAGAGCUUCCCUCAGCCUCAGGGACAAUAG